CACUCUCUGCUCUGCCCCAGGCUGUUUUUCGUGGGCUCGCGGGAGGGGCACCUGCCUGACGCCCUCUGCAUGAUCCACGUGGAGCGAUUCACCCCCGUGCCAGCCCUGCUCUUCAACGGGGCGAUGGCUCUGGUCUAUCUCUGCGUGGAGGACAUCUUCCAGCUCAUCAACUACUACAGCUUCAGCUACUGGUUCUUCGUGGGCCUGUCCAUCGCUGGGCAGCUCUACCUGCGCUGGAAAGAGCCCGACAGGCCCCGCCCACUCAAAUUGAGCAUCGUCUUCCCGCUGUUUUUCUGCCUCUGCACUGUGUUCCUCGUGGCCGUCCCGCUCUACACCGACCCCCUCAACUCGCUCAUCGGCAUCGGCAUCGCGCUCUCGGGGCUGCCCGUCUACUUCCUGCUGGUGCGUGGCCAGGACACCCGCCGGCCACACUGGCUGCGGGCGGCUGUGGGUGAGUGAGACCCUGUGCGGUGC